AUGGCUGGGCUCAAGUACCUGAGUGGGUUUGGGAAUGAGUUCUCAUCUGAAGACCCUUGCUGUCCAGGAGCCUUACCUGAAGGUCAGAACAACCCUCAGGUGUGUCCCUACGGUCUCUACACUGAACAACUCUCCGGCUACGCUUUCACCUGCACACAGCCAAGCAAUAAGAUGAGUUGGUUCUACCGUAUCCUGCCGUUUGUCCGUCACAAGCUGUACACCGCAAUGCACUGUGGGAGCCUAACAGACAAUUGGGAUGAAGUGGAACCUGACCCUAACCAGCUGCAAUUGCUGCCAUUCAGCAUCACCAAAUCCAUUAAACCCUCUGGCUUUCCAUGAUAGCGAUUAGCUGGUCUGCACACCCUAUGUGGAGCAGGAGACACUAAGUCCCACAACAGGAUCGGCAUCCACAUGUUCACCUGCAACACCUCCAUGGUUGACAGUUGCUUCAACAACUCAGACGGAGACUCUCAUUGGUCUCAUUGGCUCAUUGCUCAUUGGCUCAUUCUCAUUGUGCCCCAGCAGGGGGAGAUUGUGAUCACUACAGAGUUUGGGAAGAUGAUGGUGGAACCCAACGAGAUCUGUGUCAUCCAGAAAGAAUUGCGUUUCAGUGGGGAUGUGUUCGGGGAGACCAGAGGCUACGUGUUGGAGGUGUGCCAACCUGGGACCCAUAGGUGUGUGUGACACCCGUUCGUUCACCCCUCCACGUGUCAAUGCCUUGUCAACUCUCUGACUCCGGUGGCAUGAUAUGACGACUGCAAGGUAGCCACAGGCUACACUGUCAUCAACAAGUACCAGGGCAAGCUCUUCUCCAGCCAACAGAUGUGUGAUUUCUCUCCCUUUAACCUGGUGACGUGGCAUGGGAACUACACACCGAACAAAUACAACCUGGACAUCUUCAUGGUAAUCAAGUGUGUGGUCUUCGAGCACGAGGAUCCUUCCAUCUUCACGGUGUUGACAGCCAAGUCCACACGUCCAGGACUCACCAUCGCUGACUUUGUCAUCUUCCCCCCGCGCUGGGGAGUGGCUGACCACACCUUUAGACCCCCCUACUACCACAGGAACUGUAUGAGUGAGUUCAUGGGGCUGAUUAAGAGCCACUAUGAGGCCAAGGAGGAGGGCUUCCACAUGAUGACCCCUCACGGUCCUGACGGAGACUACUUCGAGUAGAAGAGCACCACUCCCCUCAAACCAGAGAGGGUGGCCGAGGGGUCCAUGCUCUUCAUGUUUGAGUAGUCGUUCAGCAUGGCGGUAACUAAGUGGGGCCUAGAGACGUGUCAGAGGCUGGACAAGAGCUACUGACAGCCACUCCGCAAACACUUUGACCCCAACUGGAGGCCCAGCAAACAGUAG